CCCUCUUCCUUUCACACACUCUCAACCGUCGAUCCGGCUCAGGAACCAGAGCAUCAGCGGAGAUAGCAGGAGAACAGUCGCCUCCUAACUCGCUCUCGGCUUUGGUUCAGCAUGGAAACGUCUUCGGUUACGCUGAGCUCCUUUACGCACAGCUUCAAGAGUGCUCUUGCAUUCUGGCUGGUUGUCUGGCUGCUGGUGGUGAAGCCCGCGCCUGCGCAGGCCUGUCCUCACCUGUGCGUGUGUUACCCGUCUCCCAUGACUGUGAGCUGCCAGGCGCAGAACUUCAGCGUCGUGCCCACCGGCGUGCCCUAUGACUCCCAGCGCGUCUUUCUGCAGAACAACCGCAUUACCGAACUGAGAGUGGGAUCUUUCGGCUUUGGGACUCAGGUCCUGUGGCUCUUUUCAAACAACAUUACCUGGAUUGAGGCUGGUGCCUUCAGUGAGCUUCGUGACCUGGAGGAGCUGGACCUGGGCGACAACCCUCACCUGCGUCGUCUGGAGGGCGGAGCUUUCCGCGGCCUGGAGAAGCUGCAGAGCCUCCACAUGCACCGCUGCCGCCUGGCCGCUCUACCCCAUGACAUCUUCCACAAGCUCUACAGCCUGCAGUUCCUCUACCUGCAGGAGAACCAGCUCCACUUCCUCCAGGACGACCUGUUUGCUGAUCUCAUCAACCUCAGCCAGCUCUUCCUGCACGGCAACCGCAUCCGCACGCUGUCCGAGAAUGUGUUCCGUGGCCUGGUCAACCUGGACCGCUUGCUGCUGCAUGACAACCGCAUCCGGCAAGUCAACCGCCGUGCCUUCCGUGACCUGGGCCGCCUCACCAUGCUCUUUCUCUUCAAUAACUCGCUAGCUGAGCUUCCCGGCCAGGCCAUGCGUGAUAUUGAGUCCAUCCAGUUCCUGCGCCUCAACAACAACCCCUGGGCAUGCGGCUGCGAGGCUCGCCCACUCUGGGAGUUCUUCAGGUCCAACCGGGUCUCCAGCUCCGAGCUGCUGUGCGCCUCUCCCGCUCCCCGACGUGGCCUGGACCUGCGCUUCCUGCGCGAGAUGGACUUCGCCCUGUGCCCCCUGCCAGACCCUGGCUCCCUGGCUGGAAGCACCACCACCACCUUCAGCACCAAGACCCGCUGGUGGUUCUCCAAGCACAAGCCUGUCAGCUCCACCAAGGGCGUCUUCGAGAAGAACACAGAAACCGUGAAGGCUCACCCCUAUUCUGGCAAGCCGUCCAUCACCUCCACGUCUACAAAGUAUGAGUUGGGUGAAGAAGAGGCGCUGCUUCCCAAGCUGGACCCAGAAGAGUACUGGGCCAACUACGGCAACGAGGAUGCAGGCAUCACCUCCCUGCGCUGCUUCGAGCUGGAAUGCCCUCCUGAUUUCGACACCCUUCCACCCUUCUCUUCUUCCUCUCACUCCUCACCUUCUAGUCUCUUGCUAGUUACCAUGUCCAUUCUGACUGUCUGUGUCGUUCUCCUGUUUGGCUGAAUAUUCAUGUUUCAUGAGGGACCUUCAUCCCUCCUUUCUUCUUUCCCUCUAUGGAGGAGAGAAAAUCCCGUUUACUCAACCGAACUCUCACAUACCUGAUUCCUGUUUGACUUCCGCCUCACCUGUAUCUCUGUUCUGUUCAGUUUGAGCCUCUAGUACCUCCAUGGAGCUUGAGGGCACUACACUGAUUUAGGAUACAGUAGGGGAAGCAGGGAAUAUAGGGCAGGUACUGCAGUGCAGGCCAUUAUCACAAUGGAAGUGAAUGAUAGCUAAUACCAGAGGGCUUGGUUAGUCAACAGGUACACUGUCCUCCUUCCUUGUGGAAACGUUUACUUAGUCAUAUAUAACACAGUCCGUAUGGACUGAGGAUAUAUGGUUCCAUCCUAGAUUUAUGUACAACAUUUGUAUACUUCUGCCUUUUUGGGCUAUUAUUAGUGCUACUUUGGCUAUUGUAACUGCUGCUUGUGAUGGUCCCAUGACUAGAACUGUCUUUAUAACCGCAGCUAAUAAUACUGUUACUGCACAUGUGGUUUCAGUGCUGUUACUAGCACUGUUCAUAGUAAUCCUGUUAGACAGACAUGACCUCUAACACAAUAAUCUCACCAUCAGUGACAGCUUACAGUUUACAUUACAAUUUGGACCAAUGGGUUGAGUGUCCAGCAUCAUUCAUUAUAUAGCAGAUAAGAUCAAGUGGUUCAGGGCAACAGGCAGAUGGAAUGUGAAAGCAGAGAGCAAAACUGUGACAACUGACAGAGAAACACUGGUCCAUGAAAGAAUGAAUAGAAUGAAAAAGUGGAGAGUGAAGGAGGUGAGGGAGAGCGAUAGGAGCGAGAGAGAGAGUGACAUGAAGAAGUGCGAGACACAGAACGAGACAGCACUCCCAGGACAGAGAAAUAGAGGAAAAUGUGUCUUAUUUGUGUUCUCAUUCUGCCACUUACCAGCAAUGACAUCAUCACUCACCUCGUGUAAAUACACCAUGGCAUCAUCGAGAGGAGAGCUGUACAUAAAGCGAAGAAAAGCCUUCAUGUUUAGUAUAUUCUGUGAUCUGAUUGGUCGUGAAUGUUCCUGUCUGUGAUGUCAACCUUAUAGCAGGGAGAGUAUGUGAAUGAAAUUGGUUUAUGUCUUUUAUGUUAGACUUUGUCAUGAGCAUGUUUCACUUCUAUCAGCAUUUUAAAACAGAUCUACUUUAUAUUUCAAAGGAAACAUCUGUUUUUUCUUUCUUUUUUUAAGAAAUAUAAACUAAUGUAUUUACCAACUUGCUCACUGUGAGACUCUCUUUUGAAGCUUUUAACGUUUUACCUCUUAGAGCUUGAAAACCCAACUCAAACUUAUAUCGACAUUACCUUGGAACAUCAUUCCAAGACAAUAAUAACCACACCAGUUAACUCGGAGACUGAGCCCUCCAGUCACUGGAUGAGAAAUCUAAACUUGGAGUGGUUUGGAAGACAAGGCAAUAAGGGAAAGCAAAUGAGAACAUUUCUAAAAAAAAAAAAAAAGAAGGCAAUAGGGUUUUGACUUGGACUGACUGUAUGAGACCAACUAUGUACUUU